ACCACGAACAACAACAACAACAUCAUCACCAGGAAAAACAACAUCGACGACGACACCGAUAAAAAAGAAUUCACCACAGCGCCCCCUGCCGCCGACAUGGUUGAACCGAUCUAUGACUACCAGUUCCGUCUGAUCCUCGUCGGCGAUUCUACGGUCGGCAAAUCAACGCUGCUGCGAUAUUUCUGCGACGGCAAAUUCGACGAGUCGUGUGACCCGACCGUCGGCGUUGACUUCUACUCGCGCCUCCUGGAGGUGAAGAAAGGAGUUAGAGUGAAGCUUCAACUGUGGGAUACGGCGGGACAAGAGAGGUUCAGGUCGAUCACCAAGUCUUACUACCGUAACUCCGUCGGCGGUCUCGUCGUCUUCGACAUCUCCAACCGCGAGACGUUCGACAGCGCCCCCCGGUGGCUGGCCGAGGCGCGAUCGCACGCGACGCCGCGACUACCGCGCUUCGUCGUCGUCGGCCACAAAGCCGACCUCGAAUCUCGCCGCGAGGUGGCGCGCGCCGACGGUCGCCAGAUGGCGCUCGAGCACGGCUGCGCGUACUUCGAGACGUCGGCGCGC